GCAGUUUUGAUUCCGGUACUCAUUCUCGAUCGGCCGAUGAUGUUGAUCAAGUUCGGAUGAGAAGCUAGGUGCCCGAUGGUACUUUGCAACCAUUUUUCGGUUUCCUUGGCGAUGUUUUGGGUGGCAGUCGCUUUCGCUGCUGAUCCUGACCAUUGUCCAGGUCAGCGGAUUCACUGCUACAAUUGCGACUCGUUUACCAACGCUCACUGUAACGACCCGUUUAUCCGAAGUGACCAGACCACCUCAGUUCCUGUUGUCGAUUGCAAUGCACCUUGCUUCAAAUGGGCACUUGAAACUGAAGGACGAAAACGCAUGGUCCGCAACUGCUCACAUUCGCUAAACAUGAAAAUGGAAAAAUAUUUAGUUUGUAUAACCGAAUCUCGUGCGAACUACGGUUUCCUGUGUUUCUGUAACAAGGACAGGUGCAAUCGGUCCCAGCGCCAAAACGGAUCAUACAAGUUUCAAUGGUUCUUGCUCGUAAUUUCCUUUCUUCAUCAGAGAUGGCUUGUAUGACCCCAGUCUUUGCCAGUUUCCUCACCCACCAUGUACCCCUACUGAUUGUGCAUCCCCUUGACAAACUUCGGAUGACCUUAAUCUCUGCAGGACAAGAAUCACUGUCACCAUUUCUUUUUUCUUGCGGUACAAAGAAUAUUUCCUUCUCUGUCUGAUACGCAAGCCAUUUUUAUAGGCAAAUGACCGUUAAAAAGUUAGUCAUCACUUUUCUUCUGCCUAUGGUUUAGCAUGAACACUUUCCCUCUACCCACUGUCAGUACAAAAGUCUUUCUAUGUCCUAAUUCUCAGAGUAGAACCCCAUCAUGUAUGUAACAGCGCGAUCAAAAAAAUUGUAGACCAUGCGUGCCAUUUCUUUCAAAG